AACUGAGAUGAUUCAGUGCUGAACUUAGAUAGGUGAUCUAGAGAUCUAGUGUUUGAACAAGAAACUUUCUGAAUUUUCUGAACUUAUGUAAGAGUUUCUGAAUUUUCUGAACUUAUGCCCGUGAUUAUAAGGAAGCCUUGACCUCUCAUGCUGGUUCCAAUGCCAACUAUGCUUGGGCGCCGACAAACGCAGAGUGGGACAUGUAUGACCUUAUCUCUCCAUUACUUGAGAGUUUGGCUGAGGUGACAAAUGCAUUUUCAGGAAGUUUAUAUCCCACUUCGAACAUCUUCUAUCCAUACAUUGUUGGUGUCAAGCUUGCAAUCAAACGUGCAAUGACUAGUGAUAGUGACCACUACAAGGAAAUGGGUGAAGCAAUGUUGGAGAAGUUUGACAAAUAUUGGGAAGAAAAGAACAAUGCCAUGCUGAUCGCAACCGUCUUUGAUCCACGGUACAAGAUGAAUUACAUAGAGUGGGCCUUUGGAGAACUAUAUGGAGUAGGAAGUACGAGGUGUAGGACUGAGAUGAAAAUCGUGGAGAAAGAGUUGGCGACCUUGUAUGACAAAUGUGUUUCCCAAGAUAAGCGAGCUGGAAAUGGAGAAAGUGUAUCUUCCUCUACAAACAUUCCUAGUAUCCCGGUUCAAGCUGGGUAUGAGUCCUUCUUAUCGUCCCGUUCAACAAGAAUAUCAAAGAGUGAGUUGAGGAACUACUUAGAGGAUGCGGUUGAACCUCGCAACAAGGCUCUUGAUCUUCUUGGUUGGUGGAAAGUCAAUGCUCCUAGGUACCCAAUUAUGGCCAAGAUAGCCAGGAGGUUCCUUACUAUCCCGGCUACCUCCGUGUCUUCAGAAUCUACCUUCAGCACGACCGGAAGGAUUUUAGAUGACUACAGGAGUUCGUUAAAACCGGUUAUGGUGGAGGCAUUAGUUUGUGGUGCAAGUUAUAUCAAGGGUGAUCACGUUGACUUGAAUCUGGUGCCGAGGGAUGAGAAUGAAGAGGAUGAUGUUGAAACCAUCAAGUUACCCAUCGUGGAGGAGAUCAACGAUUGGUAACAAUUCUUCCUACAUGUUUCACUUGGUAUACGAUACCAAACAUUAUUUAUGUGAAUGUUGCUUAUCUUGUAGACACUCAUCAUGUGGAUGUUGAUCUUGAUCUUGCUAUUUUGGAGACGAAUGUUAAAGUGAUCUUUCUCAUGGGAAGGCUACUUUUGCAUUUGGGUUAUGUUCGAACUUGUCAAGUCAUGAACUGUGAAAUGUCACAACUAGCUUGGAGAUGAACCUCUCAUUUGUGUUAUGUUCAACUUGCCAAUUGACAUGGACUUGAAAUUGUCAUUGCAAGUUUGUAAUCGUGUCGUUCAAUGAUGAUAAGACAUUAUGUUUGUGGAUGUGGUAUUUGUGUUGCUUAACCUGAUUUGUGCU